GAAUGCUGUGGAAUGUUGUAUUUGUAUAUCUCUUUUGUUUGUGGCACGCUAAAAAAAAGCCACAUUUUGUGGUUGUGAUUUCUGAAUAGUUGUUACUUAUUUCUGCCUGCAUUAACGAUAAAAUAACGAAAAAGGACCUCAUUUACGCAUUUAUAAUAAAGUCAAUUGCAGAUAAAUAAAUCCAAAUACUAUGAAGACGACGUAUUUUGUUGCUUUUAUCGUGGUUGUUGCAACCCUCUCCGUAGCUGAAAGUGGAGUAUAUUCACAGAACUCGAGGCAAAGUUAUAAGACAGAACAUAAUUAUCAUGGCAGUAACUAUGAUAGCGCACCAGCCAAGUAUUAUAAGAAUCAGAAUUUAGCAGAGACAGCAGCAUCCACAAGCGCAUCAGAUUCACUUCCAGCUCGUAAACUUGGUGUUUCAGCUUGGGGAAUAAUUGCAAUAAUUUUAGGUAUAAUUAUACUCAGUACUAUAACAUAUUAUAUAUUUAUAUUGUAUCCAUACAUAUGUAAGAGAGAUCAGACUUACGAUAUUAUAGAACUAACAGAAGUCAAUUCUGUGUGUACUGUUAGUGACAAUACUAACAAUAUGCCACUUUAUCGCAGUUCAAAUGAUGCAUUAAAUGACAUAUCAAACAAUGUAUCGUUAAAUCAAUAAGAGAAAGACUGAGAAAACAAGUUUAUAUGUUUAUAUUAUAAGUACAUAAGUGAGUACACAUUCACUUAGGAUAUCAGUAUUUUUAUAUGAGCUUAACAGUAAUUAAAUUAAGUUUUAUACGAACUUAAUGGCAGUUUUAUGAUCUCCAAGUAGAAAACUAUUAAACAUUAAGAUUAUUGUUUUUGUACUACCUUUUAUACAUGUAAUAAUAGAAAUUAAUUUUUAUAAAUUAUACAAGUGCAUUUACAGCAAUGCAGAAAUAACUGUUUAUUGUAAUUAUUGAAAAAGAUCAGACUGGAUUAUAAACUGAAAAUGUACAUUUUGAAUAUAUAUACAUUUCUCAAAAAUAAUUUUUUUAACAUAAGUGUUAUUUGUAGAAGUAGUAAAUAAUUGUAUAUCAAUUUUGCUUGUGACGGAAGACUCUCAGUAUAGAAUAUGUUUAUUUAAUUAGAUGAUAAUAAACGUAAUAUUACAAAAUAUUAUUUCUACAAGUGUAAAAAGAUUAACAUGUGUUAUAAUGACAGACUGAACUUUACAAUCUCCAAAUUUGGUCCCACUACAGGGAAAAUCAAUUAAUAGUUCUGCAAGCUGGAAAAUUUUUUUCUUAAGCUAUCAGUAUAUAUUAAGCUCGUAAAAAAAAAAAUGUAUAGAAACAGUAUACAUGUAAAUGUAUGAUGUAUAUUUAUUACAAAUAGGAAACUAUAUACGACUUUACAUAAACUAUGUGUAUUUUAAAUAACCUACUUUUUCAUAAAAAUAAGCAGGCUAAUAAAUGCAUCAUAACA